AUGAAUGCGGAUGACGUAGAUAGGGAAAUUGUUAAAAACGGUCUCGGAAUAUAUGAAAUGCCAGCAGAUGAGGUACAAGAAACUCCACAGGAAGAAGUUCAGAUACAACCAGACAUGGAAGAAAUAGUUCAGCAACAACAGCUAGAAGAGCCUGAAGGAAACGAACAAGUCACUCCUUUGGAAACUAACUUCACAGAACUAGAUGAAGAUUUGGAACAGCCGAAAAAUCUUGACCCUCAACAAGAGUAUGCGGAGAAUAUGGAAUAUUUCCAAGAGUCUAAAAAAAAUUCGGCUGACAUAGUAGAAGAAUAUCGAAAAAUGUUCGCCGACAUACAAAAGACUCCAACACCAGAUGAAAAUAUCCAGCAUAGAAUGGAAGAACUGAAAAAAAAUGUACACAAAUACAACAACCCUUUUUACUUACGAGCAUUUAACGUUCAAUCUUCGGAUGAACUCGGUGAAAAUAAAAGGUUAAAUUUCAAGAAAACAUAUAGAAAUGAAACAUUGUUUAAAGUUCAUUCAGAACCUAACCAAGAUGGAAACAAACCUACUUUUGUUUCUGCAGACGAUGGAACUACAAUGAGAUGGGGUCAUAAAGCUAAUCCAGAUAGGUGGUUCAUAAACUUACAACCACAAUUCCAAGAAGUUGUAGACGCAAUGGAAGUCAAUGGUGAACGAGACAUAGCUGGUAUUUUCAGCGCGGCUUUAAUGCCAUUGAAAGAUAUGAAAGAUGCAGAUAUUUUGAACCAGUAUGAAAUGAACAUGGCUGAUGGAAAUAUAACACCUGACGUUCUAGAACAUUUAUCUCAAAGAACUACACAGAACCAUAGAGAUGGUAUAUUUGGUGAAGAGUUUAGAAAGAAAGUUAGGGAGAGCGAAGGAAGAGAACCUAUUGUACAUGACCUUGCAAACGAAAGUUUACAAAAUGUCAUAAAAACUUACUUUGCAGACAAUGAAAUGAGAAGGGAUGAAUAUUUAAGAAAACUCAAAUGGACAGUACCAAAUGAAAUGUUAGUAUUGAAAAACAUGUUCCUUGACAAAAUAAAACCAACUACAGAAAUAAACGACGCAAGACUGAAAGAUUGGGUAAAAGCUUUCCCAUUCACAAAAGAUAUUAUUGGUAACAUGGAAAGAAAACCAGAAUGGCUACAAAAACAUAUAUUUGGAAACGAGCUUAUUCCAUAUGGACAGCUCUGUUUGA